UGGUGUUACCAUCUGGUCUCCUCAAUGCACCCAUGACUCAGAGGAGCUAUACCUUUACAGCGUGUGACGCCAUGUCCUAUUUUCUCCUCCUAUAGCGUAAAUAAUUACUUUAUAUUAAUGAGAUUCGUGUAGGAGUGCAUCGAGAGUAAAAUAAAAAAUGGCUCCCUCUGAAAAAGAACUGGAGAAACUUUCCGCGCCUCCGCUUCUGCCGCGCGUUCGUGCCGCUCCGUGCCGCGCCGCCAACCGUCUGCCGUUUACCCGGAAAAGGAAGACGCGGGGCUUCUGCUGAUGGUCUUCUGACUUUCUGAUGAAAUCUCCCACUGCAGCCAUAUAGACAGACUCACGGAGUUGUGCGGGUGCCAAAACUCCUCUCUGAACGGAUACCGGGCAGUAUUACCGGUGGGAAGAACUCCCUUCCAUCAACAGUCGACGAAACCAACCAGAAAGCGGAAUUUAAAUCGAUAAUUUUAAGUCGUCGCUGGGAAGUAAACUAACCGCCGUUUGCUUCUCGUGCUAAGCUAACCUGCUAACCCAGCAGAACCUCCCACCCGCGAUAAGCCCCGACAGGAUGGCUCGUUUUUCCGCUUCACAUUGGGACUUAUCAUCGUUUCACGGCUCUAGCAUGUUCAGCUCGGCUCAGUUUUCCAGCUCCGGUACCACACGGAGGAAGUCUAACCACCACUCUCAGCGGAAUGUCGCCGGCUCCGGGCUUAUGGACGUUAUCUUUUGGGUUCCUGGCGGCCACGUUAACAUGUUCUAGUGAGGUUUGACAGCUGUCAGUGUAACUUGCUAACACCGCUGCUGUUUCAGGGAAAUUCAUUUGUGCACUUUAAGUAGAUAAAAUGUUCAGAAACAUAAACGCCGAAGAAUGUACGUGUGGAGGAAAACGCUCGUCCCACCCACCCAGCCCCGCGGUCACAUCGGUCGGACAGGAUAGCCAGGACAGCUCGUGGAUCCGUCUGCUGUCAAGGCCCGCGCUGUUGCUGCGGCGGAAACUCCGCCAGUGGAACAUCGCUCCGGCGGAGCUCAGAAGCAGCUUGAUGAGUGAAGAAAGUGAGACUUUAAGACAGUUAAAUGGCAUGAUGCCCCUCAGCCAGUCCGCACCUGCUCACCUGACCCACCUGCAGUGUCAGCACGAGGGGGCAACCGGCCUGCUGGAGUCAUGGGUCAGCAGGUCCGCUGCGUCUCUGCGGGACUGUCAGAGCCCUGGGGAGAUGGAGCUCUGCCAACAAAUACCGAGCGUAUAUGUUUCCUCUGUCGGGACUUUUUUUACCCAGGUUCAGUUGAUCUCUCAGGAACACAUCGGAGGAAAGGUGUGUGUGCCAGGGAGCUUCCCGGUAAUGGGGGGCUCCACAGGUAAAGGUGGACCAUGGUGGAGGGGUAGCAUUCUGUGGGGUGAGGAGAGCCCAGCCAGGGGGCUGCUGUCAGGAUAUUACCGGCCUGAGGAGGGGGCAGAGACAUACUAUCUUUGUCCUCAGGCUGCAGCCCAGACACAUGUUGCUGAAAAGAGCUCAGUGUUGGAGGUGACGAAGGGAGAAAACGCUGGACCCCCCCACCACAAAGAACCAGCCAACAAUGGAGGCCUUCAUACAGUCCAGAACAUAGGGAGCUGCAGUGAGGGGGGGCAUCCCUCCCCUGAGCAGGACAAUGGGUACUUCAGCCUGGAAGAGGAGCUCUCACAGAGGGGCCUCCUCUCCCAGGUGAAAGCACCCACUGAGGAACAGAACCGAGAGGACCCCCGCACACCUGAGAUGGAGGCGGAACCUCAAGAAGAACAAGCCACCUCUAAUGUGGAUAGCUGUGGAGGGGUCAUGAUGCUUUCAGCUCCCCAGUGUCAAAACAAAUCCAUUGCUUUCAUUAUAGGCUGUCCCUGCAGUGAUGACAGCAGCCAAUCAGAGUCCAGUGAUGAUGAUGAUGAUGAUGGCUUUGACAGCGAGGGUUCCUCUGAUCUGUCUGACUCAUCAGACGACGAUGAUGAUGAAGAGGAUGGUGAGGCUUCAGAUUCUGACAGUGAGCCCGACUCUGAGUCCAAUCGUCUCUGGACAUCUUUGUGCCAAAGUGUGGAUCCAUACAAUCCCCGAAACUUCACCGCCCUCCUGCACACUAGCAGCACCUUGCCUCAGACCAUCCCCAAAUCUACUCUCACAUGCUCUCCCCUGUCAUCUCCUGUCUCCUCUCUUUCCCUCACUUCCACCUCCCCCCCUGUCCUCACUCCCUCUUCUCCUCCUCCAUCCAGCCAGGACACGUGGGACGACUCUACAUCAGCUAGUGAGGUGGACGAAGCAGAAAGUCUCCGCCUACUGAGCUCCUUUGCCUGCUUCUCUGACCCCUACAGCCCAUUUAACUUCCAGGCUCCACUUAGGACUCGAGGGCCCAUUGGGCCCCCUUCCAAAGCCAAGGUCAGACCCAGUACAGUUCCCCAAACUCUCCCCCAUGUUCCUCAUCAUAGCCCAGCAUCUUCACUGGAGUACAGGAAAGAGGAGGCAGAAGAGAGGCUGGACAGUGGCCUCUCUGAGGCCCUGCCUUCUACCAAGACUCAGAGUGGCAGGUGCUCCAAGAAGGUGCAAUUCUGUGAUGAUGUGGAGGAGUUCUUUGCGAGCUGUGGGGAGGAAGAGGAGGACCGGCGGGGCCCAUGGGAGGAGCUGGCCCGGGAUCGCUGCCGCUUCCUGCGACGCUGUGAGGAGGUGGAGAAGAACAUCUCGUACUGCCUGCAGCCGCACCACCGCCGCCAGGUGCUCCAGCGCCUCCUCUCUGACACCUGAGCAGAUGCUGCAGGUGGAGCGAUGGAGCUGGUUCUGGUUUUGAACGCUGAUUCGGCCACUGACUGACCUGGUUGUGUUGUUAAAGACCUUCAGCUGUGUGUCGACUGUGAGGAGAAACUAAGAAGUCCUUCAGACUCCUGAAACAAAAAUACUAAAAAUAGUCUGAACUGGUUGCGGUGGUUCUGUUUUUUUCAAAUGCUCUUUAAAAGUCAGUGUAUUAUCUCCGAUGGGAGAAAUCUGCCUUCAACUGCAGAAGUUUUAAUUUGUCGUGAAUGAUGAGUAAUAAAGAGCUUAUUUCACAGAUUUAAAAAUAUCUGAAUAAAUAUCCACAGGAAGUCCGCUUCCGAGGGAUAAAGUCUGCAACUUCUCAGUGUCUGAGGAGGAAUCCAACUUCCAAGUGUGUUAAGGAGCUUGUUGAUGGGGGCUGAGCCAGUGUUUGUGUUGUGUUGAUCAGUUCAGUCCCACUAAAGCCAAAGAUAAUUCAAUUAUUAAAGAAGGAAAGCUGCUGCUCCGAUCAGUGUUCUGCUGCUGACCAGAACCACUGUGGUUCUACUGGACUCUUAGCAGGAGGGUGGAUAUGACUGCAGAUUAGAUCCAUGUCUUCAGAGUGUUUUUAGGUUUCAUCAUCAGAAUCAAUCUGAUGUCUGAAGGGAAUCUGAUGAUUGAAACCUUAUCCAUCAGUUUGAUCGUUUUGAAUUGAUUCCAGAGUUUGUUAAUGAGCCGAAUUCUGAGAAAAUCUGUUUUGGUUUGUGAGAAAAAACUAGAAGAAAGUUAAGUUUCUUUAAAAGAGAAAUGUUUAAAAUGACUUGUGUGAAACACUAAUGUGAACUGUCAAAUCAGAGGUAAGCUAUGAGUCAGACUCCAUCUACAUCUAAUCUCACGUAAUUUAUCUACUCUGGAUGUUAAACAAAUUUCUCAGAAACCCAAAGAUGUUCAAACUGAAAACUAGUAAAUCCAGAUGUUCCCAGCAUCCACCUGAUCAGUGAUUGCGUGAUUGUUUCAGUUGUAACAUGACACUCUUUGGUACUGUUAAAAAAUAUACUUUAAAGAGCAAGUCACCCCUUACAAGAAGCGUACUUCACUCACACUUCAUGUUUGAAAAAUGCAACAAAUGCUGUUGCCUAGCAGACCGAGAGGGUGGAGCCAUUAACAAAUACACACACGACAUUGUGACAUCCCAAUGUACCAGUUUACAUCAUAGCAUACCUCUUAGCCAAUAGCGGUGGCAGAUCUAAAUUCAAAUGCAGUGCAGAGUUUUUACCUGACAACGGCACAACACUGCCAGUUUCAGGCAGAAAAUUUAAAUUUUAACUAAAAUGCACCAAAGUGCAAAACUAUUGACUACAUGUGUCUGCAGCAUGAUUAGACACACAUUUAUAUAGUUUAUCAGAAAUAAAUAAUUGAUUUGGGGGUGACUUGCUCUUUAAUAAAACUAAGUGGAUGUGAAGGAAUCUUAAAUGAAUAAAAACGCACCAGUGUAAGAUGAUUUGUGAUGUUUUAGUGGAGCAGCAGACAGAUUAAAGUAAAAACAGGUGUGUGACCAGAGAUCACUGUGAUGCUGAUGUAUAAGCGAGUCACUGAACCUGUCCAGACUCUAGACUGAAAACCAGACUGAGCAUCGCAGUUUAACAGUGUUUGGUCAUAUUUAGCCUAAAGAAGCUUUUUAUUUUUGUAACUCAUUGGUGGGUGCUUGUUUGUUCUUCCUCUUCUCACAAACUCAUAAUUUAAUAAAUGAUCUAAUGAUUAAA